GGCGUGGAGAGCGUCCUAGGGCCAAAGCCCGCUUCCCUUCAGACGAGACCACUCGCUCACACUGCGCUGCUGCGGCUCUUUAAGUUGGGUGGUGGAACUUGAAGGGCUUGGCUCAGAGACGCCCAGCGGCGACUGCGGCAACGCCCCUCACCUUGCUCCACGCCGCCCGGCCCGGCCCCAGCCCGCUGCCCUGGGCGGGCCUUGGCGCUUCUCUUUCUUUCUCGCUUGCUCGGAGCUGUGGUGACACUGCCACCGACUCGCGCAGCCUACAGGAGAGGCAGCGUGUGCUCCAGCAUCGCCCGCCGGCUAGGACUCGGAGGAGCAUGGAGCCAGCUCUUCGCCGCCGCUGCCGGCUGCUGCUGCUGCUGGCCCUGGGGCUUUGCAUGACUCUAAUCCAGUCAGGAACUAAUGCUCAAAGCUUCGUGAAAUUGUGUAUCAACGGUGUCGUGGAUCCCUGCAAUUGUACAGAAGGAUAUGAACCCUGCUCAAAGGAUGAUCCUGUAGAGUGUUGUGAUAUCAAUGAGUGCACCCAAGGACUAAACAGAUGUGGAAGCCAUCAGCAAUGCAGGAACACUGCUGGAAACUCUACUUGUGAAUGCUUGAAAGGAUUCCAGUUCAAGAAUAGCAGUGGUUCUGAAUGUGAAGACAUUGAUGAGUGCCUGAAAAAUGCUUCCAUCUGCGGACCCAGUGGAAGUUGCAUCAACAUAGCAGGCGAUUACAUGUGCAAAUGCAAGCCGGGUUUUGUGAAGAGCAAUAAAGAUGAUAAAAAAAUUUGCAGAGAUGUUGAUGAGUGUAAAAAGAAUCCUUGUGAUAAAAGUGCCAAUUGCACCAACUUCAUUGGGGGUUACAAGUGUGAGUGUCCACUUGGCUACUUCCAGGAGACUUUUGCUGGUCCUGGGAAAGAAAACACCACAAAGUGCAAAGAAUUCGACUGUCCAAUGCCUUUGAGCAAUGACUGUUCAGAUGGACAGGUACAAAACUGCAACUAUACAACACAGUUGAGAAGUUUCUGUAAUUCGUUGGUGCAGAAACGACAAGAUUCAAAGGAUCUGACGGAUCUGCUGGAUCUGCUGGAUCAACUGGUGGGGCUAGUGGAGAAGGGGAACACCACACAAAGGCACCGGAUGGCCACUAUGCUGAUGGAAAUGGUAGAAGUCUGGCUCAGAGGUGUUGCAUUCACCUUACCCGAGGGGCCCAUGAGCGCCAGGUCCAGUCAGGGCACAGAACUGGCCAUGGAGGUCAGGGCAGCUGGAAACCACGACCAGAGCUCAGUCAAACUGUUGCAGGAUAAGGCACAGAUGGAGCUAAACUGGAAAGCAGCCAGCGGAGAAGGGGAAGCAUUCAGACUGGCUGGCCUACUCUCCUAUCGGAACUUAGGGCCCAUCCUGUCGGAAGCUCCUGUUGAAGGGGACCAGUGGAAGGAAAUCACAAAGGCCUCGCCGUGGACACGUUACCCCGGCAAACACGACUACGAGAUACUGUCCAGGGUGGCAGCUGCCUUUGUAGGCCACAAGAAGACCCAGUCCUUGAAUGUCGAUUUAGUCUUCAGUCACCCAGAACCAGAGUGGAAGCCUGGCCAGCGAUUGCUUUGUGCCUUCUGGAAUCCUGUCAAUGGCAGUGGGAGCUGGUCUACAGAAGGCUGCAGAGUCCUAGAAUCCAACACCACCAGAACACACUGCCAAUGCACACACCUGACCAGCUUUGCUGUGCUUAUGGCCUUUUACCAACUGGAGGAGGACAAGUGCCUGGAUGUCAUCACCAAGGUUGGGCUGGUUGUGUCUCUGAUCUGCCUGUUCCUGUCUAUCCUCACCUUCCUGUUUUGCCGCACCAUCCGAGGCCUCCGCACCACCAUCCACCUCCACCUCUGCCUGGCGCUCUUUGCUGCCUAUGUCAUCUUCUUGAUGGGCGCUGGGCACCCUGAGAACAAGACCGCAUGUGCUACAGUAGCUGCCCUGCUGCACUACUGUUUCCUGUCCGUCUUCUGCUGGAUGCUGCUGGAGGGGGUGGAGCUCUACCUGAUGGUGGUCCAGGUCUUCAAAACCCACUGCCUGAAGCACUGGCACAUCUUCCUUGUGGGAUAUGGACUUCCAGCCGUCGUGGUGGGCAUCUCAGCUGCUGCCAACCACAAGGGCUAUGGCACUGAAAUACACUGCUGGCUCUCACUGGAGGAUGGGUUCUUAUGGAGCUUCUUGGCACCUGUCUGCCUCAUCAUCAUGGUCAAUGCUGUUGUCUUUGUAAUUACUGUCUGGAGGCUUACUGAGAAGUUUGCAGACAUCAAUCCCGAUAUCAGUGAAUUGAAAAAACUGAGGGUGCUCACAGUGACAGCCAUUGCCCAGCUGUGUAUUCUGGGUACCACAUGGAUCUUUGGCCUGUUUCAGUUCAAUUCUCGGACCCUUUUCGUGUCUUACAUCUUCACCAUCCUCAACACCCUGCAGGGGAUCUUCAUCUUCCUCCUACACUGCCUGCUGAAAAACCAGGUGCGUGAUGACUAUUACCGCCUGUUCUGCCAGGGCAGACGUGACAAGAUCCAGAGUAGUGACAAGUAUUCAGAGUUCAGCUCCACAACAGGUUCCAACACAUUACGGGCAAACAAGUCCUUGCAUGAAUCUGGAAUAUAGCAACCCUUUGCUGAAGCCAGUUCUAAGACAGCUGCUUUGCACAUGACACACUUCCCAUCGAUCUGGAAGUCUUUCCUCUGGACAAGCUACCCACUGAUACGGGCUUACUGCAGCAAGGACAAUAGAACGGCUUCAGGAUUGCCAGCAGCCUGUGUAGGGACCCACACAGCAAGCUCAAGCAUUGGACCAAUGGUUUUAAGCUGGCUUAUCACCUGGCUUAUGUCUUGGCAGGAGGGGACCCCUUUCUCUCUCAUGUUGAUACAUGCAAAAGCUCUCGAGAGAUGGAAUAAUCCGGUGUGGUUUUUUCAAGGGUACUUGCACACAUGCCACUUUCAAAUAGACCCUCACCAUGGACCCUGUCUGGCUCUAGAUGAGUGUAUACUGCCCUGUUCAUCAGAAGUUGCCAGUGGAGUAACAUCUAGAAUCUGAACUUUGCACACGUGGUACAUAUAAUCAGUGAAGCUAGGUGGAAUCCCACUUUCCAUGUCCUCUACUGCACCACAGAGCAGGAUAGCACAGCUGUGAAUUAUUUGAGCUCAGCUAAAUUAGUGCUAAGCACAUAGUUCAGCCUUUAAACUUGAACAGCCGCCACAGAGGAGUCUGGAUCAAGAUUGGAACACUGUGUUGCCAACAAAAAGGCCACUCUUGUUCCUGAAAUUCUUUUAGCCCCAUAGAUGCAAUCAAGAACUUCCCUCCUGGGAGCAUUUCCAGCAGGAACUUGGCACAAGGGGGGAAAGUUAACUUCCUCUCCAUGUGCAGUUGGCCUGAUCAGGUCUGUGGCACCAUGACUGCUAUAAGCUUAAAAGGAGGAAGAAACUACAAUUAACAUAACAUGCAGUUUGCUCCUCAGCUACAGCAAAAGGCAUUUGGAGAACUAUAUUUUCAAAGUGUGCUUGCACUUGCUCCAAGCAGAUCGAGAUAUUCAGUGCAGCAGCAGCAGCUAAUCUAAUUCCUUCUCAGGAAAGCCUGCCCAGGAGCUGGAAAUAGCCUGACACCUUUUAGCAUCUGCAGCGUACAGGCAAACCUUCUGCUAUUUGAUUAUACAUGCUUUGAGUGCCCAGAUUCUCACUAGGGAUCCCUGCCACUGAUGCAGCUCCAUGUUCCUUCUUCUUAACCAGGAGAGCUGCACAUUAUAUGCCUUGGAAUGUGCAGCACAUAUGAAGGAAUAGCAGGAGGCACAGAAAGCAGCAGCAGUGUUGGAAGGCAGCUAUUCAACAAACUCAUAUUGGCAGCUGAAAUUAGAAUGUCAUUGUUUCCUGUUUAGACUAAUUUAUUUAAGGCGGUUUCCAGUUUUGCCAAAUUCCUCCCACUCUUGCCAGAGAGCUUGGCUAUGUACACUGUAUUCCAGGUGCACUUUACUUCUAACAUUCUGGCACUAGCUAGCCUCAUGAAAGUAGCCCACACAUAAUGAAGAAGAAGAAAAAUCUGUACUCACAGUGGCAGUUUUAAAUACUGAGAGGAGUAGUUUAAUUUUAUGUUCCAAAAUCCAUUUGGCCCUAAACUCCAGAGUCUUCUACCCACAAGUCAUACUUGACCUUUAAAACAUACAUCAGCCGAACCCUAGGUUUGGCAGCAUUAAGAUCACAGAUUUCAAGAUGUGGUGUCAAGAUUUCUACUGUUGUAUAAUUAUCUCAGUACUACCUAGUUAUCAAAGAUAUUUGCUCCAAGAGUGCUUUUAGGUAAACAGACAUGCAGUUUUUCCAAGCAUCUUUGCACAAAUUAGCUUUUUACUUCCCUAGCUCCCCACCCCCUUAUUUGAAGCACUUCUAUCUCAACCACUUUUUUCUCUUAACAUGAUUAAAAGGCAUUUUGUGA